ACAAAUCCCUGCGUGAUAUGUCGUGUAAUUCAACGCCUUCGAUCUGUUUUACAGUAGAGAUGUUACCAUAUCAUCACAUCCAAGUCAAGGACGGCCAUUUUAUUUGUGUAAUCAAUGGCAAGGAAUACGUAGUAGCUAUCCGACAUUUUACCCUUGGGGUAAAAAACCAAGUUAGAUACACGAUUAGCAGGGAAAAGUAGUCCCGGGUAAUGAUCGGCGUUAAAACCUGGCCCAUUUACAGCUAAAAAAUUUAGUCGACUCGAUUUCUUCGCCGUCGUCUCAGUGUGAUAAAGAGACACAACAAACCGACCGUCAGGCGAAACAAAUGGCAAGGCGGGAAUGUUCCAAUUUUUUGUGGCAUUUUUGACUGUGUCCAGUUCGAGUAUCGACGGACUUCGGUCUUUUUUACAGCCAACGUACAAGUGCUUGUUGUAAGAGUUUUACGCAAUGCCAAAUGUUCCAAUGCAGCCAUACGUCGAAAAGUCACGAGAAGUCGUGAAGCUCUUCGCAACUCGUGGAUGCCAGGGAAAUUAUAAUCCGUAACGAAGGCCGUUUUUCCUACCAGCAUGUCUUGGUCAGCAAUCAUUUCAUCCGCAGUGGAGGCUAAUAAAAUUUUUAAGAAUUUCAGAGGGUGGAAGGGUGAAAAGUCCAUGAUCACCUCGGGGACUUUGCCCACAGUGGAUGUUAUUAAAUUUUCACUAUAAGGAGUACGGAAACAGCAAAGGAUCCUGAUCAUGAUAUGUCGUAAUUCAUCGAUGUUCUAACAGCCAAUGUCAGUGACAAAUGAACAGUAUGUUGCUAUCGGCUGUGGGUGAAUGAAUAUGAAUAUGAGAUGUCGGGAAAUUAGUACAGACAAUGGAAUAGCCAUGGGAGGCGACGCCCCUUAAUUGUUCGUGAAAUCAUUUUUCCAAGACAGUGAAAUGUAGACACAAAUUGGUUCGUGAUAGGGGGGGUUUCCUCACGAUGAAAGAAGAAUUUACGCCGAUCCGACAUCUUUUGUCCAAAACGAGUUUACGGAAGGACUAAACCUGUCUGGGGUGUUUUUUUAUGUAAAUGGCAUGGAUGUAAAGAAAGUCAGUCACCUUCCACGGCAUUGCAUACCCAGCUAAUCUGAGUGAAAAAAUCAACGAAUAAGAAGCCUCUGCUUCCCUGAAGACUGACUUAUCAUAUCCUUCAUUUCAUAUAACUACAGCAUUUGAAAAAUUUUAGUUGUUCCAUUAUUUCUCCAUGCAAAAUGCAUUCGUUUUUUUCGUCAAAUAUCAAUUAGAAUUUUUAUUUCGUACCUUUUACAUUUAGACAUUCAGAGUUUAGAACUACUCCGUUUGUGCAGGCGCCUUUUGACGUAUUUGAAGCCAUGACUAAGAUCAGCUGGUCCAGUGAACUGUGAAUUACAAAGGCCCGUUCACACGAGCCAACUUUCUCGGAUUCAAUUUACUUCAUAUAUAUUGCAAGUCAACAGAUUACAAAACAUUCAUUAGAAGUGAAUUGAAUCCGACAAAAUUGGAUCGUAUGAACAGGUUGACUUCCUGCAUUGGAUUUUAAAAUUUGAUCACAGCGUAUGUACGCUCUAUGUACCUAUUCUUACGUAAUCUCCGACCACGCGGGACCAGCGUAGUUUUGCGUGACACACACGUGGGGCGAUCAAUGCACAAAACAUCUUUAUCAAAACAAAGAAAAAUAUUAUAUAGAAAUUAGAAAUUUUACUUCUAUGAAUGUAUUUCAGCAGAAUAUAAAGCUUUAUUAGGCGGGCUAAUCGCAGUAUAUACUAUACUAGAUUUACUGUCCGCCGCAAAAACAAUCGCAAACUGUCGAAAUAUAUCAGCAAACUGUCCUGAAGUUGGCAUGUCCUUCGUGCACUCAAUGUGUUUAGUGUUAUUAAUAUGCUGCAAUGUCUGCAAAUCAUUUAGACUCCGUGGUUUUACAGAAGGAAAAGGAAUGGCGUGAAGCUUCUCAAGUCAGAGUUCAGGCACUGGAAGAAACUAUAACUGAAAAAGAUAGGGAGUUAAGACAGGAAAAGUUGAGAUUUCGUAAGUUGAAGGAUGAUUUUGAGUAUAACUUGAAACUUAUAUUAGAAAGAGAUCAAGAGUUAGAGAAAUAUGAUGCGGUGAUUGGUAAAGUUAAGGAAGAUGAGCACGUUAAGACUGCUCAAGUUAGUGAAUUGUGUGUGAAGAUUGAUGAACUCAAUAUCAAGUUACAAAAUGAACAGAAGUCCAAAGAGGAGCUACAGAAACACUACCAAAAGAGAUUGCAAGAAUAUCAGAAUCAAUUUAAAGCUUUUCAAGAAGAGAAAGAUAAUGAAGUUGCCAAAGAAAGGGAGGAGCUUUCAUCCUAUCGGAAAAAUCUGGAGCAGCAAUUAAGAGAAACAGAAAAUGAUUUUGAGUUUCGUCAUCAAGAAAAUGUCACUAAUUUUGAUGAAGCAAUAAGAAAAAGAGAACAAGAAUAUCGAUCAAAACUGGAUGAAACAAGUAGUCUCUUGUUGUCAAAUGACCUUAAGAUCAGAAGUUUAACAAAAGAGCUGGAGUUAUUGCGAUGUGAUAGUCGUCGAUGUAAAGAGGAACUCGACAAGACAGGAGUGAGCACUCGGGAGCUGGAGAAGAUGCUUAAAGAAAAAGAUUGGAUGAUUUCUGAUUUGGAAAACACUCAUAAGUAUAAAGUCUCAGAUCUGGAAGCACAACUGGAAAAUAUGAGGAGAAUGGGAGACAACUUACAGGAGGAUUUUAAAAGGAAACAUGCGGAAUUGGAUCGCUUCGCUCGGGAAAAAGAAGAAAUGUUGACCAACGCUAAACAAGGUUUCACUGAGGAAGAAAGACAACUUCAGCAGAAUAUUCGCAAAUUACAAAACCAACUCGAAGCUAAAGAACAGGAACAUCGUCAAAAGGAAUGGAGACUUGUGGACAAACUGAAGGAAAAUGAUGUCGCUAUACAGACGCUAAAUCAAUCAAUCGCAGACUUAAAGAGAAAAAUGGACCAUCAGAACCAGGAAUAUUCCAGAUUAAUUGUAGCAAAGGAUGUUGAAUUGGAAACGUUGCAUCAACAGGAGGCCAAGAUGAGAUCUGAACUCGCACAGAGAAAGAAUGAUCUUGAGAGGAGGCAGAAAGAGUUGUCUUUAUCUUUGGAGAGAGAGUCGUCGUUGGAACGUUCUAGGGCUCAGCUAGAGUUAGAUUGGCAGCGCAGAUGUGAAGAGGCAGAGAGAACUGGGUAUGAUAAACAAGAAGAACUAGUUAAGAAUUUAACACAAGGCAAAGAAGAGGCGUUAUCGUUGGUGAAACAACAGAAACGUGAACUGCUUCACAAGGAUAGUGUUAUCCAUAUUUUGAAGACACAACGAGAUGAAUCAGUUUCUAUUCUCAAGCUUCAUGGACUAACCGUGCCUUCCCAAAUAUCAGUCGAAGAUGUUGGCACACCAGCAGCGAAUAUGAAUAAUGAAGAACUUCAAGUUCAGAACGAAAAUUUGCGUCACGUUAUUCAUCAAAUGAGAGAGGACAUGGAGGAUUUGACGAAACAGUUGACGCAAGGUACCACUGGAUCGAUUACUAAUGCAGGAGAUGGCCUACCCAUCACGGAAGAAUAUGUGACAAGUCUGGAAAAAGAAAUUCGAGAAGUGAAGGCGAGAAACCGCGAACUGACCCAAUCCAUGGAUAAUAUAAAUGCUAAAACUGAAAAUACUGAGCCAACUUACGUUUUAGAUGGAAGUAAGGAUAAUGUUCAUAUAAGAGGUCUGGUGGCACAGCUGAACAGCACGAUCGGUAGUUUACGCCAAGAAAAAUUAAACCUUACAUCUCAAUUGAGAAAAUGUGAAGCAACUAUCGUUCAUCUUCAAGGUUUACUUCAUCAUUCUUCAGAAGAGGUUCGUCAGAAGCAACUAAACAUUGAUCAACUUCACUAUCAGUUGACAACAGAGAAUCGUCGGGCCAACGAAGAAAUGAAUGCUUUGAAGCAGCAGAACUCUGAUCUCAAGCUACAGGUAACCCAAGCAAGACACCAGGCUGACGAAUUUUACAAAACGGGUUUGGAGAGAAAUAUUGAUGCUGUAUCAUUAGGAAACCAGUUGUCAGCAUUAAAAUUGGAUCUUGCCAGUCACGGAAAACCUUUGAAUACGUACAAUCCAGAAAGUCAGUUUAUACAAGACCUUCGAGAUAAAGAAGCCCCUGGUAUGAAGAGAGUAGUAUCGUCAUCUGAAGGAUUACACACCAAACUACGUCAAGCUGCUCAACGAAUUAAUGGAUUAACAAAAGAACGCGAACAGUUGAUUAAAAUGGGAAAUAAGCUGCGAGCUGAAUUGUUGAAAUAUAAAGGAGGGAGAAAAUCGUCUUCAAUUGAAGCGAGUCAAUUAUCCAAAGAUCCGCAGAAUGUGGCGCAAACAUCCCGAUCCCAAUUACGAGGUUUGGAACAGUUGCAAUAUCAACUAACAAGCAAAGAACUACAGUAUGCACAGAAAACACUAGCGAGGAAUAAUGAUCAGCAUUCGCUAUCUCCUCGGAAAAAGAAUUCCGCGUCGGCCCAAGAACUUCAAAAACACUCUUCAAACACGGAACUCGCAGAAAACGGAGGCCUACCGGAAACGUCUACUGAUCGUGAUGACAUCGUCUCACCAUGGCAACCAUCGUUCUCAUCAGACGACCGCGCGUCAUUACAAGAUGUCUGGAAACUACUAGACGAGGACAGUCCUGGAUUCACCCCUCGUGGAAAUCGCGGGGACGAAGUCGGCAAGUCUCAGCUUCGGGAAAGUUCCUCAACUACGGACAGUUUCACGGUCAAAGGUCAGCCAAGUCACGUGCAUCUCAAGCCAGAGUGUUCCAAGGCUGUGCUGUCUGCCAAGGCAGCUGGUAAAUGGACACCCUCCCAGGUAAAAGCGAAGAUAAGAAAUUAUAAUAUAAGAGACGAAGAUGUUCGCGAGGGAUUGUAGAUAUUUUUAUUUACCUAUCAUAUUUGUUUUUAACCAGACCGGUCAUUCAUGGCAGGUGGAGAUUGUGUUGGGAAUGCCGUUAGAGGCUAUGUUAAACCAACACAAUCACAAUUAUAGUUUAACUUUUAAUAAUAAAG